CGACGCAGGCGGCAAGGGCGGCCUAGAAGGGCUUUUUAAAAAGACAUUGGGCAUUUGGCAUCUUGCACUACUUGUAUGUUUACUGCUUUGGAGGGUUGAGCACAUGAUGGCAGUAGAGGCAGCAAUGGACAAGGUGAUGGACGACGGCAAGACAAUGGUACAGGAACCAGAAGGAGAGGACGAGGCACCAGCACAAGAGCCGACAACACCCAAUGGCACUACGAUCGAUUUUUCUACCUUGGACUUUGCGAGCUUGUCCCCGCAGGAUUUGGAAAAGUUGUACAUUGCAUCGGUAAACCAGGCAAAGGACAAACAGGCGAGCCAUGCUCCAGUCACUCCACGAACGAAAGCUGCGUCUUUGCACAAUCCUACGACCAUGCCGACGGCCACUAACGGAUUAUCAUGGGACAAUCAUCCUUCUACGAUGAUGGUGCAUUUGGAAGAUAUCAAACUCAACAAGCCAGUGACAAACAUUGUCGUGAAAUUCUCGUUUCGUCAUCGCAAGUUUAAGACCUCCGCGGGAGCGUAUCCCAAUGGACAUGGGGAGACGAAAUUCAAGUUUGAUGUUACGUAUCAUGCCUUGCUUUUUGACCACCUAAAGGUCGAUAUCUAUGAGGCUGGGUUUUUGGGAUCUCACAUCGGACGGGCCCACAUCAGAUUGUCAAGAUUGCCACAAGUCUUGGGUGAUAUUGAGCACACUUACUCGCUCAAUCACCGAAAGGCGCACCGCAGUCCCAAGCUGGCCGGGAAGCAGAUUGGAGAAAUAACGAUUGGGUUCAGUUUCAUUGGUGGGCGGCGUAGUACUCGCUUGGAUCGGAGUUACAGUACAAGCAGUAGUAAUCCACCAUUGUCUCCGUCCAUUCCGGGGCACCGGAACCGCAUGGACUCGAAUGUUUUCCCUGUCGACGAGAUGACGGGCAAUACGGAUCACGAGCAGGAGGCGGCAGAGUUCUUAGAGUACUUGCAAAAAGAGCAGCAGAAUGGCGACGCUGAGUCAAUCUAUGCCCGGUCUCGAUCAAAGAGCUUUGACGAAACGCGGUCUGUCAUCAGCAUGCGGACGUCUUCCAGCUCGAAUGUAAACGAGAAGAAGAGGAGACCCACUCUCAUUGCCGAAAACACACUUAUGGGAUUGAAAGAAGUAUCUGAACUUGCGUCUGCCUUUUUCGGCACUGGAUGGAAGAUUAGUAAAAUGGAGUUUGCACGAGCGUUGAUGUUUGUGCAAAAGUACUAUGCGAAAUAUCAUCCCAAUCCGCGCACCAAUGACAUUGUCACUGAUGAACGACAGAUCCGAGUAGCUUGCUACUUUCUCAAUUACGCCAUGACGGCGUACGGCUCACUCGUGCUAAACUACUUUGGUUACGGCAAGGGUUACGCUCGUGAUUUUGUGCGUCCCAAAAACGACUCAAAGACUGCGUGUGAACAUUUGGGGUUGGCGAGAUCUGACAUGCUCGCGUAUGAUUUUGAUCUGAAGCUUUUCAAGCCUCAAUUUUUCAUUGCGAGAGAUCCCAAGCUGAAUGCGAUUGUAGUUGUCAUCCGAGGAACCUUUAAUGUUCACGAGUGCAUCACCGAUGCUUGCGCCGAAUACGAGCCAUUUUCUCACGGUUACGCUCAUAGAGGUUUCCUUCGAUGUGCCCAAUACCUUGAAGAUCACUUCCUCGACCGCAUCAAAGGCUGGGUACGACAAUACAAGUGCAACGCCUUAUAUCUUAGUGCCCAUUCGCUUGGUGCUGGUGUUUCGUCCCUGUUUACCAUGAUCCUCCAUGGCCAUCUUGAAGAGUUUAGGGAAAUCUCUGGCAAUUCCAAGUUUAAGCUAAAGUGUUACAACGUUGCGACUCCGCCGUGUGUGAAUGAGGAGCUAUGCCAAGAGUUUGAGCCGUACAUUGAGACUUAUGUCAACGAGAAUGACAUUGUACCAAGAGCCAGUUUUGGUGCGAUCAUGGAUUUUCGGGAAUUGCUAAAAACUGCACAUGGCUUGCUGAAUGAGAAGAAACUUACUACUCAGGAACGGAUGACUCGAUUGGCCAACCACCAUACCCACCUCAAACAAUCCAACGAGCACCCCAAAGUCUACAUUCCCGGCACCAUCUACUAUAUGUACAAGACAUCUCGUGUACUCCAUUCCUCCACCAAGCGACCACCAAAGGAGGAUGAAAUCAACGAAGAUGCCAUGACAGGAAAUCCGUUGAUCGACGACAUUGUCCCUCAUUACCUUGUGGAGCGGAGUCAAAAGGAAUUGUUCUGUAACAUUCAGUUCAAGAACAACUUUUUGUACCAUCAUUUUCCAAACAAGUAUGACAAUGCCUUGAGAAAGGCACACGAUUACCUUGAAGAAAAGCGGGACGUGAUCAAGCGGUUACAAUGAUACUCAUGCGAUUCCCCUUUCUUUUAUUAUUUCCAUACGUCGGUAGACUGUGUUUUUAAUGUUGUUGGUAAACAUUGUAGACGUGUAGAUUAGACCGUUAGUAUGAGAUAUGGAUAUUUUCUGUGUUGUGUAUAAAGUAGAUAUGGCUAUGUAGACUGUACGAUGAUACUCUUGUGUGUGUUGGAUUAUCUAUGAACAUGUGCGCUUUCUUUUCCA